AUGCAGGCCAAAAAACGCUAUUUCAUCCUGCUCUCAGCUGGCUCUUGUCUCGCCCUUUUGUUUUAUUUCGGAGGCUUGCAGUUUAGGGCAUCGAGGAGCCACAGCCGGAGAGAGGAGCGCAGCGGUCGGAAUGGCUUGCACCAGCCCGGUCCGGAUCAUUUCUGGCCCCGCUUUCCGGACGCGCUGCGCCCCUUCGUUCCCUGGGAGCAGUUGGAGAACGAGGAUUCCAGCGUGCACCUCUCCCCCCGGCAGAAGCGAGACGCCAACUCGAGCAUCUACAGAGGCAAGAAGUGCCGCAUGGAGUCCUGCUUCGAUUUCACCCUUUGCAAGAAAAACGGCUUCAAAGUGUACGUCUACCCGCAGCAGAAGGGGGAGAAAAUCGCCGAAAGUUACCAAAACAUCCUAGCGGCCAUCGAGGGCUCCAGGUUCUACACCUCGGAUCCCAGCCAGGCGUGCCUCUUUGUCCUGAGUCUGGAUACUUUAGACAGAGACCAGUUGUCACCUCAGUAUGUGCACAACCUGAGAUCCAAAGUGCAGAGUCUCCACUUGUGGAACAAUGGUAGGAAUCACUUAAUUUUUAAUUUAUAUUCCGGCACUUGGCCCGACUACACCGAGGACGUGGGGUUUGACAUCGGCCAGGCGAUGCUGGCCAAGGCCAGCAUCAGCACCGAAAACUUCCGACCCAACUUUGAUGUCUCCAUUCCCCUGUUUUCCAAGGAUCACCCCAGGACAGGAGGGGAGAGGGGGUUUUUGAAGUUUAACACCAUCCCUCCUCUCCGGAAGUACAUGCUGGUCUUCAAGGGGAAGAGAUACCUGACAGGGAUAGGUUCAGACACCAGGAAUGCCUUAUAUCACGUCCACAACGGGGAGGACGUCCUGCUCCUCACCACCUGCAAGCAUGGCAAAGACUGGCAAAAGCACAAGGAUUCUCGCUGUGACAGAGACAACACCGAGUAUGAGAAGUAUGAUUAUCGGGAAAUGCUGCACAAUGCCACUUUCUGUCUGGUUCCUCGUGGCCGCAGGCUUGGGUCCUUCAGAUUCCUGGAGGCUUUGCAGGCCGCCUGCGUCCCUGUAAUGCUCAGCAAUGGAUGGGAGCUGCCAUUCUCUGAAGUGAUUAAUUGGAACCAAGCUGCCGUCAUAGGCGACGAGAGAUUGUUAUUACAGAUUCCUUCUACAAUCAGGUCUAUUCAUCAGGAUAAAAUCCUAGCACUUAGACAGCAGACACAAUUCUUGUGGGAGGCUUAUUUUUCUUCAGUUGAGAAGAUUGUAUUAACUACACUAGAGAUUAUUCAGGACAGAAUAUUCAAGCACAUAUCACGUAACAGUUUAAUAUGGAACAAACAUCCUGGAGGAUUGUUCGUGCUACCACAGUAUUCAUCUUAUCUGGGAGAUUUUCCUUACUACUAUGCUAAUUUAGGUAUAAAGCCCCCGUCCAGAUUCACUGCAGUCAUCCAUGCGGUGACCCCCCUGGUCUCUCAGUCCCAGCCAGUGUUGAAGCUCCUCGUGGCUGCAGCGAAGUCCCAGUACUGUGCUCAGAUCAUAGUUCUUUGGAAUUGUGACAAGCCCCUACCGGCCAAACACCGCUGGCCUGCCACUGCUGUGCCUGUCAUUGUCAUUGAAGGAGAAAGCAAGGUGAUGAGCAGCCGGUUUCUGCCCUAUGACAACAUCAUCACAGAUGCGGUGCUUAGCCUGGAUGAGGACACUGUGCUUUCAACAACAGAGGUGGAUUUUGCCUUCACCGUGUGGCAGAGUUUCCCCGAGAGGAUUGUGGGGUACCCUGCACGCAGCCAUUUCUGGGAUAACUCUAAGGAGCGGUGGGGAUACACGUCCAAGUGGACGAAUGACUACUCCAUGGUGUUGACCGGAGCUGCUAUUUACCACAAAUAUUAUCACUACCUGUACUCCCAUUAUCUGCCAGCCAGCCUGAAAAACAUGGUGGACCAACUGGCCAAUUGUGAGGAUAUUCUCAUGAAUUUCCUGGUGUCUGCUGUGACAAAAUUGCCUCCAAUCAAAGUGACCCAGAAAAAGCAGUAUAAGGAGACAAUGAUGGGUCAGACUUCCCGGGCCUCCCGUUGGGCUGACCCUGACCACUUUGCCCAGCGACAGAGCUGCAUGAAUACGUUUGCCAGCUGGUUUGGCUACAUGCCGCUGAUCCACUCGCAGAUGAGGCUCGACCCCGUCCUCUUUAAAGACCAGGUCUCUAUUCUGAGGAAGAAAUACCGAGACAUUGAACGACUCUGAGGAAUCCAGCCGAGUGGGGGAGGGGAAGUGAGAGGGACGGGGUCAAGCUGCUCUCUCUUCCCCGUGCAGAUCCGCUCAUCUGCGGAGCCAGAUUGUGCCAAGUCUCCAAAAACACUUAGAUGAACAGAAUGACAGAAAAGGCCAAUGAGAACUCAACUCCUGGCUCCUGGGACUGCACCGGACUGCUCCAAAUACACUCACUGGCUUCUUUGUCCCAAGACUAGGUUGUGUACAGUUUAAUUAUGGAACAUUAAAUAAUUAUUUUUGAAAUGAUUGCUAUGCAGGUUUAAACUUUUUUAAUGAUCAAAACUAUUAAAAACCAGAGUUCUUUCUUUAAUCAAAA